ACUUUUAUUUUACCUUUGGCCUAAAUUCCGUCGCGCAAGGCAAGACCCGGAAAGCUUGACGGAGGUUUGUGUAUCGUUCAGCCCGUGGACGUGAGUGAACUCGUAACAUCGCAGGCUGUUAUCACAUCACUUCAGCAUCGAUAGUGAGUACAUACACUUAAAUAAAUACCACAAGGCAAUUCAAUAUAGUUUGAAUAUAGCCUUUUAGCUUAGUUUAGUGUAACUUCUACUUUUGGAUAAUUCUGUUGGUUGUAUUUUGUGUUAAGAACGUUUUAAAUAGUUGUUUUGAUUUUUUCCUAUACUUUUCUUUUAUACCAUUGAAUCAUUGAAAAGGGCGUAGCUGUAGUCCUACCGGCUACCGGUGUACUCCGGGUUUAGAGUGCCGGCUUGUUGAAAGUAUUUAGUUUUAUUUGUUUAUUCCCCUUAUUUAUUUGUUAAAAUCUGUAAAUGUGCUGCUAAUUUGACCCUACUGCUAUUAAAUCUGAAUUACGAUAUGUCUAAGUCUAUGUAUUUUAGAGAACGUCUAGUCAAAUUCUGGGUCUGCGGAACUUAAUAAUGAAUGUUAUGUUACUGAGUUGCUGUUAUUAACUGUUCUGUUGUACCCUUCGGUGAGACCACCAAAGCCGUUGGGUAAAAGUGAAAGAAGAUAUAAUAAAAUAACAAUCGGCCUUAUCAGUAAUUUGGACAUUGGUUCCUCCUGAUUGUCAGGAUAAUUCCUACCAGUCCGCCACAGUGAAAAGUUUGAGACGCACUGAUUUUCCUGAAGUUGCAGCCUACCGACCGUAGAUGAAUCAUCACCCAUGCAUGCGAUUUAUUGACGGGCAGGAUUUCACAACUCAGCAGCAGACUGUGGUCAUGGCCACACCUUUAAUUAUAAAAUCAAUGUGUCUGCUCUCUUUUUUCUCUAUAUUAUAUAUUUCUCUCUACCCCUCUCUCACCCCCCCCCUCCAUUUCCCUUUUUUGUGCUGGCUUUAUAUUAUAUUAUAGUAUAAUAUAUUAUGGUGUAGGCCUACAGUGAGGAACAGAACAUGUAGGCCCUAUUUCUUUCCUGAAAAUGUAGAGACAGGAUAGAUUCUUAGUGAUAAUAUAACUAUAAAUAAGGGAUAAAAAAGAAUGACAUUGACAUAUUAAAGAAAGUAGUCCCAUCUGGCAGUGGAGUAGCUAAAGUUUGUGACGCCGGGGUCUGGGAUUGUCCUUGAUUUUGUCACCCCCAACUCACAAAAGCCACAAAACUGUCAUACAGCAUAUACCACAAAUAUAUGUCAUAUAUGUAAAUUAUAUAUGGCCUCUUAUGACAGAGUCUUCAAGGAGUUAAAACAAUUUGUCAUUAAAGGGGCAAAGAAAUAUGUCAAAAAGAAAAUAUUGUUAACAAUUAGCAGCUGAAAACACUCAAGAGACCAAAAUUUCUAUUCAAGAAACUGUCAAACCUUGUUUUUCUGAGUCAAAACUGAUUUGUGGCCGCCUGGCCGAGCCACACUCAGGUCCCUAAAGAGCUGCAUGCAGCUUACGAGCCAUGAUUUGCAGACUGCUGGUAGGGCCUAUAUCCAAUAGGUUUUAAUUAUAAAACAUUUGUUGGAUCUUUUUUGUUGAGUUGUGAAAUUUCUUCUUUUAUAUACAGGUAUUUUAUCUCCUCUAUAGCAAGUUAUGAUGACAAUGUGUUUUCAAUUAUUUUGCUUAAAUUUAUAUUUUAACUAAGUCUGUUUGGGGUUUGAGAGCUAACACAAAUAAUAUUUACUUUGACUAGUUGCUUCCAUAAGUGAACACUUCUAUGUUACUUAGUCAUGAGAAAAAAAUUGUAAAGAGACCUAGUUCAUCUUGUGACUUCACUGAACUGGGUUGUGACUUCUUCCAGUUUUAAGCCAGGUUUUAACAUUUUUACCUGGUCAUGAGAAGAAGAAGAAAAUGUUUGAAAUCCAGGUGUCUAAGUAGGUCAACUGCAAACAUUGAUGAGUUCAGGCUAUGCUUCAAUUCACUCCUGUCAAAUGAAUUUAAGGGCAGCUUUUAAAUCUAGUUUGAUGAUAUCUUCAUGAAUUACAACAAACGUUUAAAAUCUUCUUUAUUUCAUCUUAUGUAAGGCUGACAACAGCUUUGGGCAUUCAAAGUUAUUUUAUAAUUUUCUAUAUUUAUCCCAUUACUUAGGAAAAAAAAAAUUAACCCAAAGAAUACCCUAAAGAUGCACAAAACGACAGUGUUCCUUUGCCUAAUGUAGAACCAAUCUAAAAAAAUCUAAAAAAAUGUGCUUAUUUAGAACUUGAGCUAUUUUAAUGCUUUUUCAAUAUAACAUCUUUAAUCUUUAUCUAGCUGGGCUUUUUUUUUACAAGGUAUCUCCAUUCUUUAUCUAGUUAGACUGUUUUAAUAUAGCAUCUUUAAUCUUCAUCUGGCUAUGACUUAAUAUUCAUGUUUAGUUUGACCUACUCUCAUAUUGACAUUUGGCAACAUCAUUCAUGAAUCAUGCUUGCUUGCCAACUCCCAGAUUUCUGUUUUUUAAAUCUCCCUGCUGCUGACUGAGCCAUUCCUUUCCUGGUUGUAGGCAGGUGUAUUUUCUUGUCCUAUCCCCCCCCCAGGGUUUUAUUUUGUAACCUGCAUAUUUAUGAAUUCUUUAAGUGUACACAAAAUGUUGUCUCAAUAUAAUGUUUUCUAGGAUCUGUAUGUGUCAGUUAUGAAAUUCCUAGUAAAAAUUUAAGAAAGGGGCUCCAAAAACUUAAUAAUUUGCCUCUGGGGCAGUGGUUCCCAACAUGUGCUCCAUGGCCGCUUCUGCCCAUUUUUUUGUGCCUUCAUUAACACUAUUCUUAAACAACAUUAACUUGUAAGAGAAGAGGAGGGUUUGCCUGAGGCGCUUCCCCAUGGAAAUUGAUUAUAAAAAGAGCUUUAUGAGUCAAGAAGAUUGGGAAUCACUGCCCAAGACAUAUAAUUCAAUGGUGCAACCAAGCCCAGCGCCUAAAUAAAAAAUAUAUCACCAUCUAUUAUUAAUUAUGAGGAUGACAACUGGAGAUUUCAAAUCACAUAGAAAAAUUGCUAGGAUUGCACCUGAGCAUGUAUAAAGUUUAUUCAGAAUUUUCAAAGUAUUUAUAACCCAUAAUGGUACAUUAUUUAUUGAAACUAUAUGAAAAGAAAAAUAGUUUAAUCUGUAUGCUCUAUUUUAAAGAGCUGCUAAAAAGCAUUGGGUUUUUUGGUGUGGAGGUGUACGGAGAUUAAUCAGAUGAACAUAUGUCACACUUUGUCACUGUCACAUAGUUUAUAGGUCAGCUAGAGUACAUAUUUGCACAUUCAAUGUGUUGGAGGGAAAGUUGUUGAUGUGUAACCAGGGCAUGGCUUACAGAUAGCCACCCCAUGUUCUGUGCCCAAACACUUGUUGACUAAGCAGAGAGAGUGGGUGGGGCUUUUUCUUGAUCACUCAUAAGUCACUGCAGUAGUGCAGUUUGAUUUGUUUAAUUGCUUUGGUAAACUUUUGGUGUCUAUUUCUCAAAUCUUUUGCUGAGAGGCAAAAGUAUUAUGAAAGGAUUUUGUAGUUUGCUUGCUCUUGCAGGUUCAUUUAAAAUUCUAAUACCAAAAAAUAUUGUCUGCUAAACCUUAAUUGAUCAAGACAAGAACUUUAAGCACUUUUAAGUUCAUUUUAUUGUUGUUUUUUUUUCCUCAGAAUAAUUCCCUCUUUAGUGCACAUAAACUUUCUAAGCUGUCACCAUGACUGGUAAGUAUAAGGCCAGUUUUUCAUGGAGAAUAGGAAAUAUGUGUUUAGAUUAUUUAAAGAAAUUGGCAUCUAAGAACAUAACAUUUUUCUAUUUGACUGGGAUAUAUGUAUCUAUUUGAAUGGGAUGUGUGUAUCUACUUGACUGGGAUGUUUGCAACUAUUUGACUGGGAUAUAUGUAUCUACUUGCUGAAAACCCAGAAUUUGAUAUGAUGUUAGAGGGAAUUAUAAAUACGGUAGGAUGUAGUUUUCUUGGUCUUGUUGUUCCAUGAUUUGGUAAGAACAGAAAUAUGAAUCAGAACUUUUCUUAACAAUGACUUAGGUAUAUUUGGAUCACGCUGGGGGAUGCUGAUGCGGGCCAAACUUAGUCGGAGGGAAUCAAAAGAAUUUUGUGGUAUUAAAACUGUUUCUCCUACUCCACAGCCUGUGCAAUGAUUACUUUAAUGACAUUUCUCUGUAAGGCUUCAGUGCAGCCUGGUGCCAUUAAAAAUGUGUGUGUGUGUUAGGGGGGGGGGUGUUGGAAAUUGACAAAAUGCUGAAAGCUAAUUGCGCAUUGUUUUGCACACUACAUUAUUUAUUGUGUAGUGUCUUGUCUUUAUGCUGUCUUGUCGGAGUGCUCCAUGUUGGAAGGACUCCAUGUUGUUCUCCUACAAUAAAAGGUUGAACUAACCUUGAUGGUUGCCUCUGUUGUUUGAUUAUCUUCCUUGUGAAGUAGCUUAGCAACUUAAUAUUUUCAACAGGGGGGGGGGGGGUGUGAGAUUGCACAGCAGCAUGAUUGGAGUAUGAAAUUUCAUGAUUAUCUUCCUUGUGAAGUAGCUAAGCAACUUAAUAUUUUCAACAGGGGGGGGGGGGGUGUCAGAUUGCACAGCAGCAUGAUUGGAGUAUGAAAUUUCAGACUGAUUAUGUGAUGGAAUCCCUUUUAGUUUUAGCCCAUAGGUGGGAUGCCUUAAGACAUGCUUUCAGCUCAGAAACACAUUUCCAAAGAAGCAGGGUAGUGUAUACCUGAAAUCACCUGCCAGUAGCAUAUUAAUCCCAUUCAUAAGCCAUUUACAUCUCUGGAAGUUCCGAACAGUUCUUUCAAUGCUUGUAUUCCCCCUUGUGAGCCAAACAUACCAAUCAUCUUGCACCGGUGAAGUACCUGAACUGUAUUACACUAUUUAAAAAUUUAUCUACAUCUUUUAUUGAUAUGGUUAGAUGCAUGGUUUAAAACUUAAAUAUAAAAUAUUCUUGUUGGAUGCACAAAUAAAAUAGCCAUGUUCAAAUGCAGUGCAAGAUACAUAAUACAUGAAAUCAAAAACAUAAACCAAAAACGCAUUACAAGACAAACCAUUUCUUUCAUAUGUUGCGGACUGUGCAUUUUAGGCCACUUAAAAGAUUAAUUUAAACAAAAAAAUUGUCUUUACAUGCCUAAUGUAUAAGAGGAAUCGUCAUGGAAAAUUUAAACUUCUUAAGGCUUGUAAUUGAGGCCUAGAUAUCAGUCAGUUAGUGAGGGGUAUUUGGCUUUUAUUUAUAGAUUUGACUGGGAUGUUGAUGUGGCAAUGUGGCACUUUUUGUAAACUCCAUUUUUAAAACAUUUGUAUGUGGCUGGGUGUCACCUGUGUUUGUAGGGUGCCACCUAUGGUGUUUUUCUUUUCCAUGUUCACAGUCACUGAGCUGGGCAUAUAUCAGGGGGGUGGAAUUUAAACCCAGGGUGUGCAUUUUCUGAGCUGUGUGUGCGUAGUCAGCUGUGUGUGCGUAGUCAGCUAUGUGUGCGUAGUCAGCUGUGUGUGCAUAGUCAGCUGUGUGUGCGUAGUCAGCUGUGUGUGCGUAGUCAGCUGUGUGUGCGUAGUCAGCUGUGUGUGCGUAGUCAGCUGUGUGUGCGUAGUCAGCUGUGUGUAUGUAGUCAGCUGUGUGUGCGACUAAGAGAAUCCAUUUUAGAUAUUCUGUGUGAAAACAGCUUAUGAGACUGCCAAAUAAACGGAUUGUGUUCCUGAAUAAUAAAGAAGUUAUAGUCCUCAGACCUGCAGUUCAUUGUGUUUUAUUUAAACUGUAUUUGCCACCACCACAACACGGCUACAUUUGUAUCUAUUUGACUGAAAUGUACUACUUGAAGAGAUCUAUUUUUGUGCUGUAAACAAUAUGUUUCAAUCUCAGGACUAGUGAAAGCCAAGAAAUAUGACUGGACUGAUAGCAACAUGGCCCUGUUUGGUUCAGACACAGAAAAACAAGUCAAGAGUAAGUAAUUUAAGUACAUUAUUAUUAAACCACCACUUUUAUCUUUUAGACAUGAUUUAGCCCAUAAAAUGUUUUUCACAAAUUUUUGUAGUAUUUAAGGCUAAGUUCAGCUAAAUUUUCUCCUUCACCGUUCACAAAAACAGAGGAAUCUGCUGCAACAGAGCCUGCCUGGCAAGGUGCUGGUAUAGCUCCAGGUCUGAGAAUCUGGCGUAUUGAGGUAAUUCAAUAUGUUAAUUAAGUAUGCCAUUUAGUCCAUUAAAUUGAUUAGCAACAAAAUGUAAUUCUUAGUUGCUCAAAAUCAUUUAAUUGAUUUUGUAAUAUGUUACAAAUAAGAAAAAAAUUAGUAGUUAGUAUAUUAUUAUCUAUUAUUCUUCAUUUCACUGACUUCAUCAUAAUAAUUUCCGAUAAGUAAAUAGAUCAUCCGAUAAUGUAAUUAAAUUUAUCUUCAACAUUUAGUGCAGAUAACUUCCUUUUCCAGAUUAUAAAAUGGAAAAUAUUUUUUAAACAGCAAUUCCAGGUUAAAGAUUGGCCAAAAGAGGACUAUGGUGAAUUUUACAAUGGAGAUUCCUACAUUGUUCUAAACGUAAGAGAAAAUAUUAUCGAAACUGAAACAACUUAAAAACAAAUUAUGUUUAGCCCAAAUACCCACUAGUCAUCUAUUACUUUACGCUUGCACUAAACAAGUUGGGAUUAUUCAAAUUAGGGCAGAAAUGUGACCAGGCAUAAUAUUUUUAAAAAUUAUUGAAAGUAAAAUUUUCAUGUGCUAAUAUAAGUCAUCUUAUUUUGUGAUAUUCUAGACCAGGGAUGGGUUGGCCUUGCAUUUCCAGAUCCCCCCUCCCCCCACCCCAAUCGUUGCUGGCUUCUUUUCUAAUAGGCAAUUUAAAUGAUUGCUCAUAAUAAAUAUUGACAGCUACUGUUGCCGUCUGUGAAUGUUUAACCUCAUUUUUCAUAAGUAGUGGAUGUACAUAUGUAACAGCAGUGAUACAACUUAAAAAAAGAAUGUAAAAAUUAAAGUACAGAUGAAAUUAACAAUUAUUUGUAAUCUAAGUGUAGACAUGAAGUGCCAGAUGAUAAUUAUUUUUAUUUGUAUCAGUUUUAUGUGAAACUGUAUUUUGGCUUUUAAAAUGACUUUUAAAAAAAAAUUCCAAUUUGUACAAAAUCUUUUAGCUGCCCAUUCUUGAAUGUUUAAUUUACAGAUCAGGCCAUCAUAUUAAUUAUUUCCAUCAAAAUACUAUACAAAUUAUUGCUACUUCUAAUAUUCUACUACUUGUAUAUAUGCUAAUGAUAUUAAGGUUAUACCUUAAAAAAAAUUAAUAUGCUACAUUUUUCAAUUUAGACCUACAAAGAUGAUGAUGGUGAUAACCUUCUCCAUGAUGUUCAUUUCUGGAUUGGCAAGAACAGCAGUCAGGCAAGUUUGAUGCUACUGCCUAGUUUUCAAAUGCAACCAUUAUCUGUGCACCUUGCUGGGAAGAUAGGCAUUACCUAUUACUUAACUGAUAUUAAUUUCUCUCUCCCCACUCAAAGGAUGAGUAUGGUACUGCAGCUUACAAGACUGUAGAACUUGAUACCUAUCUAGAUGAUGUGCCUGUUCAGCACAGGGAAUGUCAAGGACAUGAAAGCAGUCUCUUUAAGUCUUACUUUCCCAAAGGAAUCACGUAGGCUAUUUAAAACAUUUGUUUUUAAAAAGUUGAUCACAUAUGCUUUUAAAAAUUUGAUUUGAUUUGCUAUUAUAUUUUGGUCUUUCAAAGUCCGUUAGGUAGGCUAUUGUAAUUAUUUUUUCCAUAUAUUCAUUGAUUCCAAAUCUCCAGAGCGCUAGAAACAAGAUAGAUAAAAUGGUUGCUAAUUUGUUUUCAUCAUCUUCACAGUACUAUGGAAGGUGGAGCUGCAAGUGGCUUCAGACAUGUCACACCAGAGGAAUAUGAACCCAGACUUUUCAUAUUUUCCAGAGAUAAGGAUGGCAGAAUAGCUGUCAGACAGGUAAGAAAAUUGCGUAUAUUUGUUGAAGAGAAAUACAUUAAGAAAAUUCAAACUUGAAUAUUUGUUUUUUCUCUUCUAAUUCAUUUCUUCAGAUUAAAAUAUUCGAAAUAACUUUUUUUCAUCCCUUUGCUGUUCAGAAAUGAAAUUUUUAAGCUUUUUAAAACUAAAAGCAAAUUUAUCCAUCUAGCACUUGAUUUACUGACAUCAGUUCAUUAUACCCAGGGAAAAAAAAGGGGGAGGGGGUGUAAAGGAUGGCGGGUGUUGGUUACAAAAUCACUUUUUAACAAUAAAUAUUUUAAAAUUUAGUUUAGGGAAAUAAUGUGAAGCAAAAGUAUGAAAGCAUAGAUAAAUCAGACCCAAUUGCAUAUAAAAAUUUUAUGAUUCAAAUUAUUUCUAAUCAUCUUAGCAGUCUUGUAUCCAUUGUAAUUAUUCAUCAUAGAAGAAAAACAAAAAAAAAGGGCCUGUUUAUAAUUAUUAUUAUUAAAUUGAUGUGGCUAGCCUGUCUGCGCUUCACAUAAAAAGUAGCCAAAAAAAAAGAAACAUGACGUUAAAAAACAAUAUCAAACACACUAGAACAGGGCUUCUAAUCUUAUGCAGUACCACAUCCCAUCUUGAUAAAAAGAAAUUUCCUGCACCCCCAUCUUAUUUCAAAAUGCCAUCCCCCCCCCUCCCCCCACACACACCGCACACAAUAAAUAAUAGUAAUAAAAAUGCAAAUAAACCUGAUUUUCUGGGUCUUCUAGCACCCCCUGAUGCUGCCUCCCUCACCCCAGGGAGCGCUGGCACUCCUGGUUAUAAUCCAUGCACUAGAUAAUAAUAUAUAAAUUAUUAAGAAGGUUAAAGCUGGUGACUGCUUUCCUAAGGUGUCAGGGGACCUAAGCAUGCCUCCUUUAACUUUUACUACAGUUGUGAAGUUUGCUAAUGAAAUAGAGCAUUUAAUCUGGAGUGCUUUAUGACUUGUUUUUAAAAGAAAAAAUUCAGGGCAUGGAGCUGCUAACAGUGGCACUAUGAAUCAAUGCAUGCACCUAUAAUGUUAAAAUGAAAUUUAUCAAUGGAUGUUCCCUCCUUCUAUUUAAUUAUUUUUAAAAUACUGCCCUGACUCUAUGCAAGAUAAUUUGAAAAAAUGUUUUGAAACUUUUUUUUGUAUCAAAAUCCUUUAAAUAAGUAAAUAAACUGUUCUAUUUAUGCAGAUUGUAGAUACUGAAUUGCAUAAAAAGUCUCAUGAAAAUUCCACCAGGUGUAAAUCGUAUUGCUUGUAUGCAAAGCUAUAUUAGGCAAUUAUUUCCUAAGUAGUAAAAAUAAACUAUUAUUUUCAUUGAACUUAUAUGACUUGACAAAUGUAUUGAAAUUAUUUACAUAAUUAAAUUAUUCUUGAAUUUACUGUGUUCUUAAAACCAAUAUGUUGAUGUUUAAGUAAAAGAACUAAGCCAAACAUUGUUUAUGAUUAGAUUCCACGAGCUGCCUCCCUGGUUGUGCCUGGGGAUGUGUUCAUACUUGAUCUUGGACUCACAAUUUAUCAAUAUAACGGAGAGGAAUCAAGCCCAUCAGAGAGAGCCAAGGUUGUUUUUUUAAUUAUCAAAUUUUCCUCCUCCAAAAUGCAGGAGAUUGGCAUUGUGGGAAAAAAGUCUCAUUUCAGCUUGUCAUUGGAUUUAAAGUCUCAUAUCUCUUUUAUUAAUGCAUGUUAACAAAUUAUAAAAUUUAAUUUAAUUGAAAUAUAUUAAAUAAACAAUAAGAAAUGAGCUGUCAUGAUACCUAGACAUAUUUCAUUUAAAUAGAUUAAUGAAUUAAUUCAGAUGAAUGUUAACUUUGUCUCAUUUGUAGGCCAUGCAAUAUAUUGGUAACCUGAAAAGUCAGCGUGGUGAAGCUACAUCCAUUGUGCUUGAUGGUGGAAGUGUCCCAAAAUCAGUAAGUUUUGGUCUAAAUUCAAGUUAACAAGCUCAUUGAAAUCAAAUAUUUCAAAUUUAGAUGUGUUUAUUUUCUUCUGUCUCUAGGAAAGCUUCACUCUGGGUUUUAACACUUUGUACUUAAUAGGCUGCAGCCCUUUAAUAAAAAAAUUCAAUGUAGAAUAAAUAAAUGUAAUACUGCAAGUUAUAAAAUGUAUUUGAAGGAAGUGAUGUAAUAAUAGGCUACCCAAACAAUUAAUGAAAAGAAUAAGUACUACACAGUAGGAUAAUCUUGCCUAAACCUUAUUCUGCUUUAUCUACAGCAUCUUUCUUCUGUUUGCUGCAUAAUAGGUGGGCCAACCUUGCUAGAAUUACCAAUAUUCAAUACAUUUCUAGCAAAAGUUUGUUAUUGCCAAGAACUUUAAAUCUCUUUGUACCUUUUGACAUAAUUUUAGGCUUGUAAUGUUCAACAUUUUGAUAUUAUUUGAACUAAAUUGAUUGAUUUGUUUUCAUUUAAAAACAGCAUGAAUUUUGGGUGAAAUUAGACCAGGAUCCUGAUGAUGAUGAUGAUCUUGAUGGUGAUGAUGACCAAAAACUACUGAGGUAUUUUGAAGCAUGUUUUUUCUACUACUUAUUUAUAUUAUUUAAAGGUUUAUUAGAUUUAGCCUCUUGGUGAUUAUUUUAACAAUGGACCUUCAGCUCAUGAGUUUGAUGCUUUAUUUUUUAGGGUAAACACAGACACAGCUCAGUCUGAACUUGUCAAAGAUGGAAGUUUCAGCCGCAGUGAUUUGAAAUCAGAUGUAAUAAUAUUUAUAAAACUUUUAGGCAUCAACUUUUACUGCUACUCAUAAUUUAUCUGUAAAUUGUAAAUAUCAUUUCAAUUAAGUUGUUAAAAGGACAAUUUUAAGGUUAUUCAUAUAAUUCAAACGGAAAGAACUAUAAAAAAUUAACACAUCUAGAGCAAUUCUUAUUUGAAUCUGCUGACAAACAUUUACUUUUUAAAUUUAAAUGAGAAACAAAGCGAAAAAUCUUUUGAAAAAAUAUUUUAACAAUUAGUAAUUGAAUUGCUAUGUACCUUAUUUGAGUAUAGUAAUUUAACUUAUGCAUUGAGAAAAGAUAUCAAGCUCUUUGUAACUAAACAAUGACCAAUCUUCCAGGAUGUGUUUAUUUGUGACAGCGGUAACACAGUGUUUGUUUGGGUUGGUGGCAGUGCUUCUGGUGCUGAAAAGAGAAAUGGCCUGCCUUAUGCUCAUGUAAGUUCUUAACAUGCCCAGUAAUCAAGUUUGCAUAGCUUUGUACUGUAAAUGUAGUGUCAUUUUGGGAAUUUUUGUACCAUUUUCAACUGAAAGAAAUAUAAGACUGUGCAACAACUGAAUUGUUUGCUUUAUUUUAUAAGCAUCCACCUCAAGAGAAUAGUAUAAUACUUCACAGACACAUUUAUUUUGUCUAAUAAACACAGGGAGGUGGGAUAGUUUUUAUCUGCACAAUAUGAGCUGAUUUGAUUUGAUUUUUUUGUUGUGUAGAACUACUUAAGAGGAAGUGGCCGUCCUUGGAGAUCAAUCACAGUUGUGAAAGAGGGACAGAAAUGUCCACAGUUUGAGGCAGCACUUGCUGCUUAGACUUAGACAAGACACGGCUGAAUCCAAAAGUGAUGCCCAGAAAGAAAUCAACAUAUUAUUCUAAAAAUGAUAUUUUAAAUACAAUUUCUGACAAGGGAAUAGUCAGCCACACUCGAUUUUUCAUGUGAACAAAUUUUAAUUUACACAUGUAUACAUAUAUUAGUUGUCUCUUUAUAUGUUAAAAAAAAUAUUACAGUUCUAGUCUAUGUUGGUUAAUGGAAUCUCAAUAUAUAUGUAAACUUAUACAUUUGUUUUUUGAAAUAUUUAUUAUAAAUAGAUGACAAUGCAAUGAGUUAAUAUUAACCAAGUUUCUAUUAAUGGUUGCAAAGAAAUUAACUACUUUUGAUAUUACUUUUCCUUUUAUAGUAUCUUUUUUUGUUAAAUUUGGCAAGGCUUACAUCUAUCUGAAAACCUGCCAUGCCCAAAGUUUUCAUAUAAAUGGCUUGACUUAAUUAAGAAGCUGCAAAAAGUGAUUUAUAUUAAAAUCUACCCCUGAUCAAACAAAAUUAGAAAGAGCAAUAUCCAGAUUUAAGUUGUGCCCAAGUUUGGUAUGGGUACUGUAUCAUGUUUGUUUUCAGAAAUUUUUUUAGGGUUGGCAGAAAAAAAAUUAAUUAGCCCGAAACAAAAUAUAUUUUUGCUGGGGAUCAGGAGCUAUUAACAUGGUGAGCUUUUUUUUAAAAAAAAACUUUGGUAAAAGAAAUGGAUUCACUUUAUUAAACAAGUUUAACAUACUGAACAAAGAGUGUAAAAAUGUAAUUGUGAUGUACUUUUUUCAUUUUUAUUAAUUUUUCAAUACUUUUAAUAAUGAAAUACUCAAAAGCAGUUUACAUCACUUAAAUUGUAUUCGUUCUUCGGAAUAGUAAACAUGUAUGUACCGGUACGCAAAAUGACCUUAAAUAUACCCGGGUAUCAAUAUUUUUUUACGACAACUAUGCAAUGAAAAUAUUGCCUUGCCGCUUAAUAAAAAUCAGUAUUUCAGUUAACAUUUUCCUUUAUUGUUAGUUCUUUGUCAUUUAACAAUAAUUUUGAAAUAGUUGUCUAGAUUAUUCCAAUCUAUAUUUAAAAUAUUUUUUUUGGUUAUAAAAUACAUUGCUAAAAUGUGAUUAUUUACAAUUUACAGAGAUCCGAGUUUAAAAAGUCUGUUCCUUUUGUUUGCUUUUACUAUAACAGCUUUGUUUUAUUUAGAACUAUACACAAUUUUCAAUAUUUUUCACUAACUUUUAACUGUUCUGCAAAUAAAUAACAGAAGCCUACAACUACAUGAUCUUAGCCUUACGUUAUUUCCUAUUGUAAAAAAAAAAAUCCAAAGCCAAAUAUAAGGUAACAUUAAUAUUUUAUUUAAAUACAUUCUCAAAUUUUGACUUUUAUUGAAAUGAGCCGCUCUGUUUUAUAUCCUCA